CAGAUUUACGCCCCACUAUCGAAAACGCAAGUCUACAAAACUUCUUUAGCUGUUCUCUCACUCCUUUCAAGUCAUCAUCGUCUAUCUCUACUCGCUUUUCGCGCUUCCCCUCUCUACGUGACUUUUGAUUUCUUCUUCAGAUCCGCCGAGUCUUCUUUUUCUGAAAUAUAUUCACGAACCUUCACAUUCAAAUUACACUUGUCUAUUGAUCGAUAUCGCAAACCCUAGAUUCGGCGAUCGUAAAUCAAUGGCGUCUUCACCUGGUAACACUAACCCUCACAAUCCUCCGCCGUUCGAUCUCGGUACUAUCUUCAAACCCUCAUCCAACCCUUAUCCUCCCCCUACAGGUCCGUUUCUUAACAACCAGUACAAUCAGCAACUAUACGCGCCGCCUGGUAUCGCCGCCCAACCAUCUCCGGUGAAUCAAACGCAACAGGAUGUGUCUUCCUCUUCCUCCGCUACUAACUUGCAACCACAGAGAACGCUAUCUUAUCCCACGCCACCUCUCAAUCCCCAAUCUCCCCGUGUCAAUCACAAUCCGGGAACGCACAUCCUCGCUCUCCUCAACAACGGAGGUGCCGUGGCGAACCAAGAGCCGUCGCAUCACAACGAGAUCGCUCGAGCUUUUCCCGGCGGUUCGGGUCCUAUUCAUGUUCCAAGCGGUAAAAUGCCCAAGGGAAGGCGAUUGGUUGGUGAACAUGCGGUGUAUGAUGUUGAUGUGAGAUUACAGGGAGAGAUUCAACCGCAGCUGGAGGUGACUCCGAUUACCAAGUACGGCUCGGAUCCUCAGCUUGUACUCGGUAGGCAAAUUGCUGUGAAUAAGGUCUACAUUUGCUAUGGAUUGAAAGGAGGAAGCAUUCGUGUUCUCAAUAUCAACACAGCAUUGAGGUCUCUGUUCCGUGGCCAUUCUCAGAGAGUAACGGACAUGGCUUUCUUUGCCGAAGAUGUUCAUCUCUUAGCUAGUGUUAGUCUAGAUGGAAAAGUUUUUGUGUGGAAAAUUUCCGAAGGAUCUGAGGGAGAUGAACAAUCCCAGAUAACUGGAAAGAUAGUUGUUGCUCUUCAGAUACUUGGAGAGGAAGACACCAAACAUCCACGUGUCUGUUGGCACUGCCACAAACAGGAAAUUUUGGUAGUUUCAAUUGGUAAACAUGUGCUGCGAAUCGAUACUACAAAAGUUGGCAGAGGUGAAGUGUUCUCUGCCGAGGCACCUCUCCAGUGUCAUCUUGAUAAACUAAUUGAUGGUGUUCAGAUUGUGGGUAAGCAUGAUGGAGAAGUGACAGAUUUGUCAAUGUGCCAAUGGAUGACCACGCGCCUGGUUUCUUCUUCAGUUGAUGGCACGGUUAAGAUAUGGCAAGAUCGUAAGACACAACCACUUGUAGUAUUGAGACCUCAUGAUGGACUUCCAGUCAAUUCUGCCAUAUUUGUGACAUCCCCGGAAAGACCUGAUCACAUCAUACUUAUCACGGGGGGUCCUCUAAAUCGAGAAAUCAAGAUUUGGGUCUCCGCUGGGGAAGAAGGGUGGCUUCUACCCGCUGAUACUGAAUCGUGGAGAUGUACCCAGACACUUGAUUUGAAAAGUUCAACUGAGCCACAAGCUGAAAAGGCAUUUUUCAACCAAGUCAUAGCAUUGUCUGAAGCAGGCCUGCUUUUGCUUGCAAAUGCGAGAAGGAACGCCAUAUAUUCCGUGCAUUUGGACUAUGGCUCAUCUCCAGUGGAAACGCUGAUGGAUUACUUGUCCGAGUUUACAGUCACUAUGCCUAUAUUGAGUUUUAUUGGGACAAAUGAUCACCCAGAAGAACCAUUUGUUAAAGUGUAUUGUGUUCAGACUCUAGCAAUCCAGCAGUAUACAUUAGACUUAUUCUUGUGCAUGCCACCUCCAAGAGAGAAUGUGGGUUUUGAGAAGUCAGAUUCUACUGUGUCACGGGAGGCAAACCUUGUUGAAAGCACGUUAGAAACAUCUGGAAUGAAGCCUACCGAAUUACCUUCAGUUGGUUCAGUGCCUAAACCAUCUAUUUUAGUGAAUAGAUCGGAAAAUGCUAAUAUGUUGAGUUUUCCAGCGGGCCCUGCAUCAGCGGGGAUCACACCACCAGCAAUUGUUCCACCCAACGGUGAGCCUAAAACUUCUGGGAUGCCUUCUGAGACCAGUGAUGUAGAUUCUGCGUAUGCUCCUUCACCUCAACUUCCUCUAAGCCCCAGACUAUCAAGUAAACUUUCUGGCUAUCACACUCCUGUAGAAGCGUUUGAGCAAGUGCUACCACAUCAUAAGCUUGGUGGCAAAACAAGUUCUGCUGAUUAUUUUUAUGUGAGGCAAACUGAUGAUGUUGGAGGAAGAAAUUUGGAUGUGUCUUCUGUCGAGGAAAACUGUAGAAGCAAGGACACGAAUGUUACACCUGAUGAUGAUGUGUCUGGGAUUCGAAGCCCGUCAGCUUUUUUCAAACAGCCCACUCAUCUCGUAACUCCUUCAGAGAUAUUGAUGGGCGUUUCUUCCACUGAAGCCUCCAUUACUACUGAAGACAAGAGGGAUAGAGAUGCAAAUAUUGAGGAAGUGAAUAAUGAUGCAAGAGGCUUAGAAGUUGAGUUGAAAGAAGUAGGCGAAGCACAGACUUCGCAGAAUGGUGAAAUUAACUAUCACGAAACAACUGAGAAUCACACUUCAGAAAGUAGAGAAAAUAUCUUCUGCUCACAGGCUUCAAAUCUCAGCACUGAGAUGGCAAGAGACCGUCAUCCUAUUACAGAGGGAAGUGCCAUUCCUGGGGAUUCUAUGGCUUAUGGACAACCUUUACAAGCUGGAGAUGAAAGGGGUCUUGACUCAAGAGAUGUCUCUGCAAAGCUUCCUGAGUCGGGUUCAUCUAGUGGGUUAGUAGCUACAAAUAGCAAAGGAAAGAAGCAGAAGGCGAAAAAUUCACAGGGUCCUGGGUUGUCAUCUACAUCCUCAAAUGUUGCUAAUCUGGCUGACUCCUUCAAUGAGCAAAGUCAGAGUUUAAAUCAUCCCAUGGCAGAUUUACUUCCUCAGUUGUUAGCAUUGCAAGAAACAAUGACUCAGGUAAUGGCUUCGCAGAAGGAGAUGCAGAGACAACUAUCAAAUGCUGUCACUGGCCCUAUCGUAAAAGAAGGUAAAAAACUAGAAGUUGCCUUAGGGAGAAUGAUUGAGAAAUCCAGCAAGUCAAAUGCUGAUGCUCUAUGGGCCCACUUCCAAGAGGAGGCUGUUAAGAAUGAAAAGGCAUUACGUGACCAUGGCCAGCAAAUUAUGAAUGAAACGACAAACUUCACGAGUAAAGAGUUAAAUGCCAUGUUUGAGAAAACGAUGAAGAAGGAAUUUGCUUCAGUUGGUCCAACCCUAGCACGUGUAGUAACUCCAGUUAUUGAAAAAACUGUAUCUUCUGCAAUCACAGAGUCCUUCCAGAGAGGAAUUGGUGACAAAGCAGUCAAUCAGCUUGAAAAAUCUGUUAAUUCAAAGCUUGAAACAACCGUAGCCAGGCAGAUUCAAGCCCAAUUUCAGACAUCUGGCAGACAAGUCCUGCAGGAAGGUCUUAGGUCAAGUAUGGAGUCCUCAGUCAUACCUUCCUUUGAGAGGUCAUGCAAAACCAUGUUUGAGCAAGUAGACUCAACCUUACAGAAAGGAAUUGGUAAGCACACGAGCGCAACACAGCAACGGAUUGACUCUGGACAAUCUCAGCUUGCUCAUACUCUGAGGGAAACCAUUAGUUCUGCAUCAUCAGUUACUCAAGCCCUAAAUCGUGAAUUAGCCGAGAGUCAAAGGAAUCGCUUAGCUCUCACAGCUGCUGGAUCAAAUCCCUUGGUUACUCAACUAAGUAACGGGCCUUUAGGUGCUCUUCUUGAAAAGGUUGAAGCACCUAUGGACCCAACAACAGAGCUAUCAAGGUUGAUAUCUGAACGCAAGUACGAAGAAUCUUUCACAUCAGCUCUACAAAGAAGCGAUGUCUCUAUAGUAUCAUGGCUUUGCUCACAGGUGGAUCUUCGUGGACUACUGGCGAUGAAUCCGCUUCCGCUGAGCCAAGGUGUGCUUCUUUCACUGCUGCAGCAGUUAGCUUGUGACAUAAGCACGGACACAUCCCGUAAGCUAGGUUGGAUGACUGAUGUGGUUACAGCCAUAAACCCAUCAGAUCAGAUGAUAGCGGUCCAUGCUCGCCCAAUCUUUGAACAAGUUUAUCAGAUUUUGCACCAUCACCGUAACGCACCAGGCAGCGACGUCUCUGCCGUCAGACUAAUAAUGCACGUCAUCAACUCUUUACUUAUGAGCUGCAAAUGACAUCUCGCUCUCUCUGUUUCUUCUUGUUAGUUACAUGCAUAAAACAUAGGAAACCUCUCUUCUCUGUAUUUCUCUCUCUACUCUAGUUAGAUUUUUUUUGGUUACCCAUUAGUUCAAUUUCCUUUAACUGUAAACAUCUGGUUGGUUCUACGUCUAUAAUGUUCCCUUUUUCUUCUCCGAGAGAAUGAGUUUGCUAGGAUCUGGAAAACCCUGAGAAAACAUGAAGAUCAUGUAUGGGCAGGGUAUACUGAUUUUCUAAUGAAAUUGGUUUUGAAGUAACUACAAGUUACCUGCAGAAUAGACAGAUGAGUUUGAAGACAUUAUGGGAAUCUGGUGUGGCAGUAAGCAGAGAAUUUGUCAAAAUUGAGCAAUUGCAAUAAAAAAUCUUUUUCUUUACUUUUGAGUUCAGUUGAUCAGUUUUUGGAUUGAAGGGUAUUUGCUGUUGGGUUCGGUUGCCUUUACUUGCAUGUGAGCUCAGCUGACCAUGAAUUCAGAAUCCUUGUCAUCUUCUUCUCUUUUGU